AUGGAGACCCUUCUCUCUCCUUGCUCUCUCUCUCCUCCUCUCAAUCCCAAACUAUUAUCUUCUCAACAAACCAAACUAACUUCACAUUCCUUGUCCUUCUCGAAUCCCACUUUCGCCGGUUCUAAACACCUUUCAUCCCGGUUUAUCGCUAAACCAGAAUCUUGGUUAACAGAUGCAAAGCAAGGACUAGCUGCUCUAGCUCUAUCUCUGGCUCUUACUUUCUCGCCUGUUGGCACUGCCUUAGCCUCUGAGUUCAAUAUCAUCAACGAUGGUCCACCAAAAGAAACUUACGUAGUCGAUGAUGCUGGUGUUCUUAGCCGAGUCACGAAAUCAGAUCUUAAGAAGCUCUUGUCCGAUCUUGAAUAUCGAAAGAAACUUCGGCUCAAUUUCAUCACUGUCAGAAAGCUCACUAGUAAAGCAGAUGCGUUUGAGUAUGCAGACCAGGUUUUGGAGAAAUGGUACCCUUCGAUUGAAGAAGGUAACAAUAAGGGUAUUGUUGUUUUGAUCACAAGUCAGAAAGAAGGAGCCAUCACUGGUGGUCCUGCUUUUAUUGAAGCUGUUGGUGAAAAGAUUCUCGAUGCUACGGUUUCUGAAAAUCUUCCCAUACUAGCGACAGACGAAAAAUACAAUGAGGCUAUAUACAGCAGUGCGAAACGGUUGGUAGCAGCUAUAGACGGUCUACCUGAUCCCGGUGGUCCAGAAGUGAAGGAUAACAAAAGAGAAUCAAAUUUCAAAACGAAAGAAGAGACAGAUGAGAAGAGGGGACAGUUCAGUCUUGUCGUUGGAGGUUUGCUUGUAAUUGCCUUUGUUGUUCCCAUGGCACAAUACUAUGCUUAUGUCUCCAGGAAGUAG